GUGUGGACUUGCUUACCCCGCAAUACCCGAGGGAGGGACCGGUUGGGGGGUUGGGCGAAGGUACCAGCAUGGGACAUCGUCGCGAGGUGACUGUAGUCGUGGAUGGUGGAACUGCCUACUUGGAAGACGAUGUCGACUGAAAUAUCUCGGAGGAGUGUGUUGGCAUUGUUGGCAUUUCAUUCCCCUUGGACAACUUGAUCCUCCUAGAUCGUCCUGCCACAUAGUUGGUCCCGCUUCAAGAUGGUCUACAAGUCGCCCUACCCAAUCAUCUCCAUCCCCGAGACAAACAUCCUCACUUACAUCUUCCCCCCGGACCAGGAGCCCCUCGAGCAGGAUAUCUGGAUAGACAGCAAGGACAAUAGCAGGCGGCUCUCCCCAAAGCAGGCUCUACAAUGGGUGAAGCGCCUGGCCUUUGGCCUCGAGGGUCUCGGCCUACGGGGAGGAGAUGUGGCCAUGAUCUUCACUCCUAACCACAUCUUCGUCCCUGUGGCUUAUCUGGGUAUUGUCGGCGCAGGCCUGGUCUUCAGCGGCGCCAACCCGGCUUAUACGAUUCCUGAACUGGCCCACCAGAUGGAGAACACCACCGCGAAGAUCAUCCUGGCACACCCCGACUACCUCGCGACGGCGCUCGAGGCCGCAUCCAAGGCCGGCAUCCCACGGAGCCGGGUGUUUCAGUUCUCAGACUCGGAGAACCCACCCAAGCUGGGCAUUCCCGACUGGCGGGCCAUGAUCGGAACCUCCUCGCAGGGCGAGACGUACCGCUGGCCGGAGCUCGGGCCGGAGGAGUCCAAGGAGACGGUGGCGACGAUCAACUACAGCUCCGGGACGACGGGGUUGCCCAAGGGGGUGUGCGUCUCGCACCACAACCUGAUCGCCAACGUGGAGCAGACCAUCUUCAUGCGGUACGCGCACAAGCCGUACCCCUUCUCACGCCGGCCCCAGGAGCGGUGGAUCGGGUUCCUGCCGCUGUACCACGCCUACGGCCAGCUGUACACCAUCCUGAUGGCCGUCCGGCUGGCCGUGCCCAUCUACGUGAUGCGCGAGUUCCGCUACGAGGACUUCCUGGCCGCCAUCGGCCGCUACCGCAUCACGAGCCUGCAGAUCGCGCCGCCCAUCCUCGUCAUGCUGAGCAAGCGGCCCGAGACGUCCCGCUACGACCUGAGCAGCGUCAAGGACGUGCUGUGCGGCGCCGCGCCCCUGAGCAGGGAGCUGCAGAACGAGUGCCAGCGCAGGUUCAACAUGCAGAUCAACCAGGGCUGGGGCAUGACCGAGGUCACCUGCGGCGCCCUGCACGUUCCCGGCGGCAUCAAGGAUGACUCUGGGAGUGUCGGGAGGCUGGACCCCAACUGCGAGUGCAAGCUCGUCGAUGAGGACGGGAAGGAGGUCGACACGGGCCAGCCCGGCGAGAUGUACGUCCGCGGCCCAAACAUCUGCCUCGGAUACUGGGGGAACGACGAGGCGACCAAGGAGAGCCUGAGCGAGGACGGCUGGUUGAGGACCGGAGACAUCGCCCUGUGCAACGACGAGGGAUUCUUCUGGAUCGUGGACCGGAAGAAGGAACUCAUUAAAGUCAACGCCCUUCAGGUUGCCCCUGCCGAGCUGGAGGCGGUGCUACUCAAGAACGAGCACGUUGCCGACGCAGCAGUGGUGGGAAUUACCAUAGACGGCCAGGAAUGGCCACGAGCCUACGUGGUGAUCCAGCCAGGGUCGAAGGGGAAAAUACAGCCGAAAGACAUCCAAGAAUGGGUCAAGCCGCUACUGGCCAAGCACAAAUGGCUCGUCGGCGGCGUAGUCUUCAUCGACGAGGUCCCUAAACUUGCAAGCGGCAAGAUCCAGAGGAAGACGAUGCGAGAAUGGGCCAAGAAGGAUGCAGAAGCGUUGGCCAAGGUGGAGAGAUCGAGACUCUGA